AUGGGGUUGGGGGCGCGGCGGCCGCUCGUGCUGCAGUCCUCGCUCGGCCCCGUUACGGCCUCGGCGUUGGUGGAUAUGGUGAUGAUGAGUCUUUCCGCGCUCGACCUCUUCACGGAGGAGGCGAUCCAAGCCCUCCACCUGCAAGGGCUGCAGGCGAUGCAGUACGAAGCCGCCAAGCGGGCGCAGGCGGAGGAGUUGGAGCGGCUACGGCGGCUCGAGCAGCAAGGGGUGGAUGCGAUCCCGUGGGGAAAACUUCUCGAGCACGUCCAGGAUAGCGCCGCGCUGCACGCGAAAGGGCUUCGGACCCUUCGCCAUAUCCCGGCGCGCGCACGGCUGCAGCGGGAGGCUUUUCGUUCGAUCCUCCACGCCUACCAUUUCGUCCGGCGGGAGUCGGAAGCGACCGUGCGCGGCGCCCAGGCGCUCAUCGCGCGCACGUUGGUGCAAAUCCCCCCCGCGUUAGCCGACGCCGCGCUCGACGAGCUCCUCCACUACCUCCUCCACGAGUUCCGCCGCGAGCGCGCGGUGAAGCAGGAGGUGGGGGCGCGCAGCCUCGUCGGGGAUCCCGGCGCGGCCUACCAGCUCACUCUGCAGGCGCUUUUUAUGUUUUUCUCCGCACAGGCCCCCGUUCGGGCGCGCGGUGCGGCGGACGUCGCCACAGCGGCGCUCCUCCUCGACGACGACGGGCUCUCCCGCCGCGGCGACGGCGCGGCGAUCCUCCACGCCCCGAACGCCCCUGGGGUGGAUACGGAAAACCCCAUCGCGUUUCUGCACGGCGGCGCCGAAUCGGAGGCCGAGACCGGCGGCGCCUGGGAAGGCCGCGGGCGAAAACGCGCGCGUGGAGGGGUGGAGGAAGGCCCUACGAUCGACGACUCGGCACCCAUAAGCGCCUUUACGAAGGAAGAAGACGAAGGCUUCAGCUUCGCGAACGAUACACGAUCGGCGCCGUGCGCGUACAGCCACGCCCUCUGCCGCGUGAUGGAGCUGGCGGAGUCUUGUCAGCUCAACGCGCUUCUUCUGGAUAUCCUCCUGCAGGCCCCCAGUAUUACGCGGUACGUGUGGAAUUACCUCUACCGGCAGUACUGUCUUUCCACCGAUAAGGUGCGCUGCAUCAUUGGGUUUUGGCUGCUGAAGAAUCUCGCGAUACGGCGUGAGGUGUAUCGCAGCUGCGCCCUCAACCUCCUCCUGCAUUUGUGUUCCUCCACCAGGGAGUACGCGCGGCGGCUCGCGAUUCGUGAGAUCGGCAGCCUGCUAACGACCACGCAGGGCCCCCACGCAAAGUCCGUUAUCUCUCAGGAGGUGGAGGGUCUUUUGGUGCGCCAUGCAAAGCGGCAAAUGGCGUCCAUUCCAGGCUACCAGUACCCCACCUCAGGUCGCGUGGAGGAAGGGAAAAGCGCCGAGGAGGUUCGCGCGCAGGAAACGCUUGGGCGUCAUCUGGGGCUCUUUUUGAAGCUUUGCCUGCGACAGCCCCGCCAGCUCUUCCCUUCGCUGCUUGAGAUGUACAAGCAGUGCGUGGAGCGAAAUCAUAAGGUGAUGAUGCGGGAGAUCCCCCGCCACUCGGAUAUCCAUCGCAUGAUGCAGGUGCUGUUCAAGUCGGACCCCGCGAGCUUUAUGAUCACGGUGGUACCAUACCUACGGCGCUACAGCAAAGACGCCACCUGCUUGGUGCAAUCGAUUCUCUGGAGCAUCGGUGAGAACCUGCGGGAGAUGUGCGCGGAGGCGGCGGAGGCGGCGGCGGCGGCGGAGGGCACCUCCAAUAGCAUGGAGGCCCUGGAGAACUACAAGAAGGUCGCCAUCGCGCUGCUAGCACAUGUUAAAGCCAUGUAUAUGGCGAGUAUCAUUCCUGUUUCCUCGAACGACCCUGCUGAGGGCGUGAAGGAGGUCGAAUCGGAGGGAGGUCUACAUGAUAUACGCUUUGUGGCGCCAUUUUUGAGUCUGACUUCCGCCGCUGAGCUGAAGCAAACAUACCUACGCGCGUUUUUGUACUUUGUUCAGGUGCAGCUCCAGCUCCAAAGGCGGUGCGAGCUCCACGGUGGUCGGGAGGGCCUCUCCGCUCGCGAGUCGACUUUCUUGCUCACCCGACCCGAGCUUCGGGAGCUCCUUCAGGCGGUGAUUCGAGAAGUGCUGGUGAAGCAUCCGCUUCGCUUCGACGACGGCGUGGCGCGCGGGAUGUCGUUGGUGGAUUUCUUUGUCUACCUCCACCGCGCCCCGCAGGAGAGCGUAGGGAAACGGGGAACCCCAUUUGAGGGUGGUGGCGCGUUCGCCACAGGAGCGGGAGGAGGGGGCACCCAGGGUAGGCUCUACCCGAGAAACCAAGAAAAAGGCAUCCUCGAUACCUCUACCUCGCAGCAGGACCCCGCGUUCGACGACGACAACGACGCCGGGCGGGCGAUGCCGCCGAUCGGGGUGAUCACGACGCGUGAGGUGAUCACCGUCUGCCUCGAGCUCACGCGCAGCUUCGACCAGACGACGACGCUCCCGCUUUACGGCCCGGAGGACGUCUUAAAGGCGAUGCGGCGGAUGCUCCACACACCGCCGGUGCCCUCGCAGCUGAUGUCGACGGUGUUGAUCGCCGCGGCGGCCUUCACGCGGAGCCGCGGCAGCGAUUUCGUACGCGCCGUCGUGCAGCACGUGUUGAUCCCCUUAGAGCGGGCGAGCGCCUGGCAGAGCGAUCCGCAGCUCUGGCGAGGAGUGUUGCUCUUCGCGGAGACGUACUACCGCGAGUGUGGGGGGUUUCUGAUCAACCUCCCCGAUCAGGUGCUCAUCCAGGCGUUGCGGGAUCACCCCGUGUUGAUGGCGCACGUCCGAGAGGAGCACGGCAACAACGCCUCGUUUGGGCAUAUUCUUGGGAAUGCGUAA